GCGCGCGGCUCCCGCCGGGCAUUGUGGGAGCGGACACGUCCGCGCGCCGCAGCGCCCUCGCGCGUUGCGGCCGCGCCGCCGCGGGGCGGGGCCGCCCUCAGGGGGCUCCGGGCGCUCCCGGCGCCGCCGCCCCGGCGGUCCCGGGGGUCCCUGGCAGCCCCGCUGGCAGCCCCGCUGUCAGACCGCCGAGCUGGGGCGGCCGCGCUGGAGGCUGCGAGGCGGUCCCGCCGUGUACGAAGGGGGAGUUCUCCUUGCGUGGUUGGCGUGCGACGGCCAGACUCCCGGGCCUGGCUGUCGGGCGUGGGUGUCUCUCACGGCCCGGGCGGAGCAGCCGAGCCACCGCCAGCGCUGUCUCGCACAGCCUUGCCUGAGGCUGAAUUUACCAUAGAAUCAGGUUGGAAAAUAUGUCCGGGAUCAUCGGAACCAACCUAUGAACCAGCACUACCGAUGUCAAUCAGAGCAGGGCACCGAGUGCCACAUCCAGUCUUUAACACCUCCAAGGAUGGUGACUCCUCCACAUCCCUGGGCAGCCCAGUCCAAUGUCAAAUCACCCAUUCUGUGCAGAAGUGCCUCCUAAGGACCAAUCUGAACCUCCCCUGGUGCCUCUUACGACUAUCCUCUGGCCCUGGCCCUCCCUGGGAGAGGAGCCCGACCCCAGCUGGCUCCAGGCUCUGCCAGGGAUUUGUGGAGAGCGUGCCUGUAGCACGGCAGUGUUGGGAUAGAGGUACCACACCUCACACUCUGGACUCCCAGGCUCUGCUGAGCUCUACUCAGGUGCCAGGGGAUCAGGAAGAUGGUGCUGGAGAAAAUCAGUGCUCUCCAACCUCAGCUCUUCUCCAAGCAAUUGUAAGUGGAUACCUAUGGCAGCCCUGGAUGUCAGAGGGGCAUCACCUCACUGCCUAUUCCAGUGAUCCAGGUGGAAGGCACGAUGGGCCUCAGAGGCCAAAGGGAAUCGCACGGAACAGGGCAGCACUGUGCAGCAUCUCUGCAUUCCUGCAGCAGCUCUCCUGUGGGCCCUUUCACCUCCCACCGGAUCAGGGAAGAUCUGCCUUAAAGGAUCUGUGAAAAGAGAAAAGAAAGAGCCUCUCGUCCGUAUUGCGCCUGCAGAGGACUCUGCACCCACUGCGGGUGAUCCCAACACAGAGCUGUCUUCUGGGUAAGCAAACCCUACACCCUUGGAGAGGUCUCAGUGCAUUUGGGGAUGCAGCAGGAAAUGCUGGAUGUGCUCAUCCUGUUCCAUGCUGGUGGAGUGCAAUACAGUCAUAAGCAUCCCCUCACCACCAGCCUGGAGGCUGCAGGAUCGGAGAUCUGUCACUGUGCUGCACAUUUUCCUAGGAAAUGUUCUCUGAAGACUUUAUGGUCAGCUUGGAGAAAGACAGCUUCCCACGCCAGAACUUUUGGGAAGUGGGAAGCUUUUUUUCCCCCAGCCUGUAUGCCCAGAAGGUGAUGCCAAAAUAUGUUGGAGGUCAGGCUGGGUUCGCGAUUUCUCUGCGAUUUCUCUGCAUGCUGAGAGAAAAUAAAACAGAGGGUGCUUGGCUGCCCUGAGCUGGUGUGUCCAGGCCCUGAGGCUGGGCUGGCUCUGCAGCUGCUUGGCAUGGAGGAAAAACAUGCAUAAAUUAGGAGCUCCUAAGGCCACUUUUCUUCUUUGGUCCCAGAAUAACUGGCCGAGGGCACUUGAAUUACAGCACCAGACCAAGCCCUCAUGCUGACAGGUGACACUCUUUAGUGCUUCCCUUGUGCUGGCAGAUGCACCACGACAUUAAUUACACUGUGCAGCACCGCCCUGGCUAAAAAAUGUGAACGUUAAAAAAACCCAACUUCAUCCCCCUCCUUCUCUUCAUGAGAUUUUUACAAACAAAAAAGAACAGGAGAAGUGAUGGUAACUGCAUUAUUAAUAAUACAUAGUUGUAACUGAUUAGUUUGGUUUCCUGUCCUGCACACAGAAGAUGGCAUUGUGCUGGGACUGUUGUCUAAUGGGAACUCAGGCUGGUACCAGGUGUCUGUUACAAAUGUUGGGCACCAAAUUAAACACCCACACAUCCUGAAAGGACCAGCAACAUGACACGAAGAAUUAUUCAUUUUGCCAGCAGUAAAAUGACAAAGCAGAGGAGUGACAAAUGCUCUAGAUAAACCCAGAGCUCCAAUUUAAUGCAUGGGAUAAGGACCUCUUUUUCCAAAUAAAGACUCCCAACUCUUGCAGUUUCUUACUUCUUCAUAAUUUAACUGUGCACAUAUUUGGCAUUUAGAGUGUGACGGAUUUACACAUUUGCUAUCAAAUGAGCUGCAAGAGCUAAUCAGCUCGUGCAGAAUUGCACAUAUUAAUGAAGAAGGCUCUUCUGCAUGCCUGCGAUGUAGACACCCACUUAACUGGGGCACCAGAGACUAAUUUGAAAAGAUUUUGUUCAUGUAGCUCUUUUCCUAUGAUGAAUGCUUGCAGGGAAUCAUGCUGUAGAGAGGGAGCAAGCAGUAUCUGCAAAAUCUGGCUAAAUGGUUCUCAUUACUGAGUGAUGGAAGAGCAAUAGCAAAGAUAAUUUAUUAGUGGCUCAAAGCUAAUGAGAAUAAUUAGCACUAUUAUGCUUUCUAAGCAAACACAGAAUAACUGUUCCUUAAGGAGCGCUGUCUCCCUGCAGCAGCGCCGAUAGCUCUGGGCAGGAGGACGUGACUUCCAGGGGCAGGAAUCUUACAAACCAAGGACCAGGGCAGCUGUGUGGAAACACCCAGACAUCCUGUGGGUCUGCAUUAGAGCUGUGAUUUCCUCAAUUUUGGGCUAAAAAAUCAUCUUUUUUCUAUCUCAAAACCAACCACACUGGGCUGAUGAACAGAGUUUACAUUUCAGCUUAACUCCUCGGAAACCAGAGGUUGGAAAUUGCUGCCUUGGAUACUGAGAUUUUUUGCAAUAUUGCAUCACACAGUACCUUUCAAAACCUUGCAAAAGCCAAGCUAGUCAGCAGUGCUUUGCAGGGAGUAUUUCAGCAGCAAUGGUCAGUCCCCAGGAAUCCUGGCUGCCAGCAGAAAAAAUGGCAUUGGGCUUCCUUUCCUUUGUAGACACCCAGGUAUCCUCCUUCCUCACUCUGUAAAUAAAAGCAGGAUGUGCAGAGAAAACAGCAUCUUCUUAUGACCAGGCAAAGAAACUAAUGGGAAGAAUUCUGGUUUCCAGUCAGUUCCAGCACAGAGCAGUAACGUACACAACCAGAUUAGCCAAAGGGCUGCACUCCUGUGGCUCCCGCAGAGCCAUGGAAUGCUCAGGGAUGCUGGGCUGCCAAAGGCAAAGGAAACGCCAGCAUUUGGCUGCAGUGCUCAGCACCUGCUGAUAAAAGCUGAUUUCCCCCCACCUCUCAGUUUUCAGAAUUUACUCCUGCAGUCCCAGUGUUCCAUUACAGACCCAAUCACACUAAAGUAAGCUAUUAAAUUAAAACGAGGUGCACGUGGGCAGCAGUCCCCACUCCCCCGAGUGCCGUUUACAGCAAAUAGCUUGUUUCAUAGUUUGUAAAACACACUUGGCAGGGGUUCAGUGUUAUUCUAGGAAAUCCAUGUAGGCAACAUUUCUUUCUUGCAAUAUAGCACUAUCAAGAAUAUGGAGAGUGAUUCUGAUUUUUAUUUUUUAAAAGGCAAGCAGACAAAACAUCUGUAGGCUAUGUCGCCAGGUCUUGACUUUUCUUUUGGAAAGCAGUUCGCCUCUAAAAUCAAAAUCGCCCAUAAAGCAAUUCCAUCUGAAACAAGACUCUCUGAAGUGAAGCAUUCUCUUAGACUUCCUCAUGAUGGGAGCUUUAUCUGCUUUUUUACUCCCAAAUUAAAUGCUGCAAGAUAGACCUUACCUCUAAUCUUUUUUCACCAGUAAUAUCAAUCUAUCUUUGCAGAUGCCUAUCAAAAGGAUUUUAAGUUAGCAAGAUUUGGGGACUUAAUUUGGUCUGAGUUGGAGUUUAGAAAAAUUCCCAAAGGCUUUUUCACCCAACUGCAACAAUUUAGGAGGGGCUUGGGGGUCAACGUGACUGUCAGAUCAAAAAUGCAAUUUUACAGGGGGAGGAAAGAGAAAAUGGAGAUUUGUUAGGCUGCUUUUCUUGACUCAGCUGGGAAAGCAAGUCUGUUCCAGUCUCGUGGAGGAGUUGCUCUGUUUUGGACAAGUAAGGACAUAGUUACUGGGUCAGAGAUAGAUGGAUUACAACAGAGCCAAGUCAUCCUCUGGGGUCGCAGGGGCUGGGAUAGAAGCUUAUGCUCAUCUUGGGACUCCCAACUUGUGCUUGCCAUAUCCCAGAGCAUUCACUCUCCUGGAAACCUUUCCCUCCUUUUGGUGGAUGAAACAAAUCCAAUACCUCAGGCUCUCUCAUUAGAUGGGAAACCAUUCCCUCUCCAGCUUGCAGUAUGCACAAAAUGCUUGGCCCGGCCGCCCUUCAUCUCUUGGUCCAGCCACAGCAGGACGAACACGGCCCUAGUGGGCUAUUUAUAUCUUGUUUAAGCCAACACUGGGGAACAAAGUGAUGCACAGCCUUGCUCAGCUUCUCUGCUGUGUACACGUUUUACCCUUCCUCAACAAGAUUUAAUCGGCUUAGGGUUAACUAUGUAGUGGAUGUCCAAGACCUUUGAAUCACACCUUAAAAAGACUGAAAGACCAAACCCGUAAUUGCAAGAGCAGAAUCUGUGAUUCACUGCAAAUGGUUUGUUAUCAGCAAUUAAGUUUCUUGCUGAUAAAUGAUUCAUGACUUGAAAGCCCAGAUUACUCACUUUUAACCACGGCAGAAAUUCCUGUGUGAUUAUGAACGCCUGGGCUACACAUCUGCUGUGACAAGCUGGGAAGUCUGAAUGUGUGAAAUGACCAACCAUUUAAAUACAGAAAAUAAGAGCUCUUACAUAUAUUUUUCAUUCACAACUUGUAAAAAAUAACAACAUACUUCAAUUUCAACGUGACUGAUAUGAAUAUAAACAUAAACUGACUUCACUAGUAAACAUUAACACCAACUUUUGCUUUACUGGAGGCAACAGAACUAAAACAGUGUGACUGAUAUCCAGACCUGGCCUACUAAUUAAAAAGGCUUGAAAGCAAAGCUCUGAGCUCCUGGUACACUCUAGUUCACAGUAACUAAGGCUUUUGUCAUCCAUUUGAUGUAAUCAUUUAUGGUGUUCAAAACUGUAUUUUUCAAAAACCAUUCAGAUCAUAAACCAGAUGAGUCAUGACCCUGUAACAGAAAGUAAAUUAUUCUCAAACAUUUUAUAUUUGUGCAUUAACACACACAUAACACAUUUUCUCUUUAGCCAAGAAAAAAUGAAUGCCUAAGUCCAAGAAGUAACUGACAAAAGACUGAAGGGAAAAAUGAGAAUUCCUAAUUUUAUUAUGGUGUAACCAACUGUAAGGAAUUACUGGUCUGAAGCACAGUGUGCAAUUGUCUUAUCCUAAACAUUUACUAAAGCCUGUAAUUCAGAAUGAUCCUGACUAGUGAAGUCACCAUUGGCAAGCUAUCAUUUUUUCUUUCUUAUUUUUGAAGAAGUCUACAUUUCUCACCAAUUAGCACAAACAUAGACACAGCCUAUGCACAGAAAUGCUCAACAUUUUCUGGAGGCUGUAUUUUGUUAGUGCCAGCUGCUUUGACUGUGAGAUCGAAAGAGAUGCAGCAAGUUCUGGACUGAUCAUAUUUGACAGUUUGCUAAAAGCAGAAUCGCUGUUUUGAGAUCAAAUGGCAUCAAUGUGUGUUGUUUCCUAAAUGCAGGGUGGAGUGCCUGCUACUUAUGUGAGGAUAGCUUGAAAUAUAAAGAAUUAUCAUGAUCUUCUGCAAAAGUGCUAUGCACAACAUAAGUAACUGCAAAUUGAAAGGGAAAAAAAGAGUGUUCAUAAAUUAAGCUACUUUUACUCUAUGAUAUUAUGUACUAUCAGGCAGCUCAUUUAUUGGGUGAAGAGGCUCAUCAGGUGCCUAAUAAGAGAAGAUACUUGGCACAGCCCCAUGGCUAUUCCAAUUGAUGUUAUGGUUAACAAGCUGGCUACCAUACAAGGCCAAUCAGGCCACUGGUAUUGCACAAUACUCACUAAUGGCUUCAGCAGCCUCAUGGUGCCAAACAUACAGUGCCAUUAAUUAGGCAAGAGAGAGAAGGAAAAAACACCCAGGAAGGAGAUGAAAUGCCAUUCACCUCCUGAGCAGCCCCUCAGCACAGCCUGCGGAUCUGACUAGAGGAAAUCCAGAGGGGCACACCGAGGAGCAAGAGGAAGGUUUCAGAGCCAGGUCACAGCCCUCUGCUGUGGGAAGCUGUUCCGUGCCCCUGAGUGCCAGGGCAGGAGUUGGACCCUCACAGCAGCACACAGCUGCAGGGCUGCCCAGCACUCCCAGGCCGGGAUGUCCCAGCCACGGGCAGCGGGAACGCGUCCUGCUCUUCCCCAAGCCACCACCAGCUGUGGUCAUGUGCCCAGUGGGGAAGAAGCUGAACGAGGCUGAUCAAUGAUAAAAAUACUUGUCCUUUUAAAAGUUUAUUUUUAGGUCAAAGUGAAUCACAACUUCCUGCCCCUCACUCUCCCCUCUUGCGAAGACAGAAGUACCUCCAGAUCAACUUUUUUUUUGUUUAAGCAUCAAAAGUGUAACACAUUUCAACUGCUGCUGAUACAGGUUUUACAGUGAUGACUGUCAGAGAGAGAUUGUUUGUGCAACUCCUUAAGGAGGAAAAAGGAAAAAUCCCUCCUACAAAUGCAGAUAAACUUUUGGAAUGUAAACAGGUAAUACACACAAUUACUGCAUUACCAGAGGCAUUAUGCAUUUCUCAAAACAGCUGAACAUAACACUUUACAACACAUAUUUGAUAUGACCCAAUCAUAACUUGAAGGGAAGCUGUGUACCCUAUAAGAGUAAUCCUGUACCCCUAUAAGACAGUCGUUCCUGCAGUAACUUACAGAUCCAUUGACAGCAUUGAUGCCAAAGAAGGAGGGUUUAGUCUGAUUGCACCCAUGCUCUGCUGAUUGUUAAUGCAUGGCUUAAUUCACUCAACACAUUUUAUAAUAGUAUGUAAACAGUUCUGAUUUAAAGACCAGAGAGGUUUAAGUGAAAUGAACAGAUCUGGACUGGUCAAUGUUAAUGUCUUCAUUAACUCAGAUACCU